AUACACAAACCCCUGUGCACGCUGGGAUUAUAUGCAGUUUCCUCUCUCCGUGCCGAAUCAGGAAAAGGGAAAAUUUUGCGAUGAAUAUAAUGAAGUUGGUUAAUUUGCACUGGGUAUCAGAUAGUAUAUAACAUUAGCAAUUGACAAGCUCAGCAAUUCCAUCGUUGCAUUUUCUGAUACAGUUUUCCUUUUUUUGGAGCAAAAUUGAACCGAUCAACACAAUUAGCUGAUAACUGGAGCCUUUCCCACAACAGAACUAUUCAACAGUCCCCAAUUAUGUUUAAAAAAUUCACCAAGGCAGAUGUUCACACAAAGUCCAAUAUAAAGUCUUCUGUGCAAAGAGGUUUAAAGUCAAAACUAGUCUCUACCUAUCCAAGGUUGCAAGCAGUUAUCGAUGAUCUUGUGCCCAAGAAGUCCCAGCUAAUCCAGACCAAGUGCGAGGACAACAUCAUUCUCUACUCCAUCAACAGCCAAGUUGUGUUCUACGAGUACUUCAACGAGCUCAUUCCCUCGUUGAAAGUGGUCCACAAAUACCCAGAGUUGUUCAGCACAGUGCAAGUCGACAGAGGCGCCAUCAAAUUUGUACUCAGUGGUGCCAACAUUAUGUGUCCAGGCUUGACGUCGAAGGGAGCAAAUCUUCCCUCAAGAGAGAGCAAUCUCCUCAGAGACAGCAUUGUUGUCGUCAAUGCUGAGGGAAAGGAAAAUGCUUUGGCGAUUGGAAAGUUGGCCAUGAGCACAGAGGAGAUUAAGAGCAUCAACAAGGGCAUUGGAAUCGAGGUGCUUCAUUAUCUUGGUGAUGGUUUGUGGAAGUUGCAUUUGGAUUAAUUGCAUUCAACCAAACUGUAUUUAAUUUGAUUUGGUUUGGUUUGACUUGGUCUGACUUGGUCUCGUUAUACAGAUUUAUAUAGUACGUUUAAGCUGGAAAUUUAGUAACUUAAAUGCACAUUGAAAUCCAACCAUUGUAACAUUAAUAUUAGAUGAAAUUCAUCCACCAACCCACCAUUAACCAACCAUUAACACCAGCUGGAUUCCAACUGC